AUGGAGGCUACCUACUUUGCAGAGCUGGACCGGCCCCCAGGUUCGACACAAGGACACGAGCCAAGAUCUGCAACUGUGCCUUGUCACCCGCAGGAGAAGCAUUGCCAGAUAACAGCCGACAUCGAGAUGCCCCCUGCUCCAUUGAUGUACAAGGUUGCCUCGUUAGAAUGUUCCCCCGUUCAAUGGCAGGGGCUCCUCUGGCGCGUAGGGUUCUCAAGUACACUUCAGACGGGCAAAAGGACAAUACUUGGCAAAUCAUCAGGCUACGUGCUUUGCGAGAUUUGGGAAGACGUUGACGCAAAGGAGGCGGCACAGCAGGGUCUCUCAUUGCGGCCUCUGCUCAAUAUGCAGAGCGUCAUGCACCGCCAGAGGGCGGUUGCACUGGAAAUACCAAAGUCCCUUUCCGGCGUUCCAUCGGUCUUGAUGAAGGGCAGCCUGGACGGGAAUUUGAAAGCGACAGGCCGCGACCCCUGGCUAAUUCGCCGACAGGCAACGAGCUGA